AUGGCUGAUGAGAAGGAGCCGCUGCUGCUGUCCGACGUGGACUACCCAUCUCACGCAUCAUCAUCAUCAUCGUCGUCGACAACGUCGUCAACACCAACAUCGACAGCGACAUCACCCCCGUCGUCGUCGUCACCACCGGCAUGGACCGCCGCCCUCGUCUCAUCGCGCGACCCCUCGCGGCGCAUCCCCCAGGCCAUCGCCCACCGCGGCUACAAGGCCGCCUACCCGGAGAACUCGAUGGCCGCCUUCCGCGCCGCCGCGCGCGUCGGCGCCCACGCCAUCGAGACGGACGUGCACCUCUCGGCCGACGGCGUCGCCGUCAUCUCUCAUGACCCCACGCUCAAGCGCUGCUUCGGCAUCGACAAGAAGAUCAGCGACUGCGACUGGGCGUACCUCUCGACGCUCAGGAUGCUGCGCGACCCGACCCAGCGCAUGAUCAGGUUCAGCGAUUUCCUCGCCUGGAUUGCCGCCGGGCCGGGACAGGGACAUGGCCACGCUGGUGACGGCGACGAGAAGGAGAGCGACGACGAGGCGCAGACGCGGGCUAAGCUCUGGAUCCUGCUUGACAUCAAGAUCGACGACGACCCCCGCCAGCUCAUGCGCGCCAUCGCCGCCGCCAUAUCGCAAGUCCCCCCCAGCGCCAUCCCCUGGGAGAACCGCCUCCUGCUCGGCUGCUGGAACGCCGCCCUCAUCGAGGCCGCCAGCGAGACCCUCCCCGCCUUCACCCUCGCCCACAUCGGCUACUCCCUCUCCUACGCGCGCCACUUCCUCCCCGUUCCGGGCCUCUCCUUCAACAUGGCCCAGGCCGCCCUCCUCGCGCCCCUCCGCGGCCGCGCCUUCAUGCGCGCCCUCCGCGCCCGCGGCCGCUCCCUCUUCGUCUGGACCGUCAACACGGAGCGCGGCAUGGAGUGGUGCAUCCGCCAGAACACGAGCCUGCCCACGCCCAAGAAGUCGCAGACACAGGAUCAAAACGCCGCCGCCAACGCCGCCACCCUCCUGGGCCCCAGGCUCGUCGACGGCGUCAUCACAGACGACCCCAAGCUCUACCUCGCCGUCUGCCGCCGCUUCGAGGACCAGCUCGACGGCAGGACCCGGCCUACCCGGCCCGCCACCGCGCGCGAGACGGUGCGCUUCGUCAUGCACGUCAUCGCCCGCCAGCUCUUCUUCAAGUGCAUGUUUGUCUAUCGCCGCUUCUGGCAGAACAAGCUCGACUACAUGCACGAGCGCGCUCCCGUAGACAAGAGAGACUGA